UUUGUAUGGUAACUUUGAUAUAAUGGAACUUGUGGUAGAUAAAUUAAAUAAGACAAAAUAAAAUAAAUAUCAAAAUGCAUUAUGCUUGAGGAUGAUAUAAAAAUAAAUAAAUAUGUUAAUAGUUUUACUGACUUUGCGUCUAUAUUUACUUACGAGUAUAGCUUGUGCAAUGUCAGUUUGUAAGUGUACCACAAAAUGGCCUGAUCCGAUAAAGGGAUUAGCGUAUCUCGAUAAUCCGGUAGAGUCCGGAUUCCCGGGCCACUGGCUCCCGAUAAACCUCAUUAAACGAAUCAUGGAAACACGGGCUCGCACAUUAGAACCAAAUGUGGAUAAGUUUGUUAAAUUGUUUCACGUUGCUGCAUCAAAAAAACCACUGUCCUUACAUCAAACGAAUAAGAAGAACGUAGAAAAUACUCAUGAUGUUAUGUCAACAAAAUCAAUAGUUAAUAUGUCAACUUCGAAAAUCUUAGAAACUGUAACGUCUAAGAUGAAAGAAAUAGUCCCGAAAAUAGCUUUUGUAGAAUCUUUAAUAACUGAAUUUACUACUAAGAAUAAGAACUUUGUCCACAACGGUUUAAAUACUACUGCUAUACAUUUAAGCACAAGUACACAUUUAGUCACAACAGAAUUACUUACUAAAGUCUCUUCACCUCGAGGCGCGAAUCCUGAGGAAUCCUCUGAAGUAGUUGAUUUGAAUACACCAGCGGAACUACAUAAGGAUGCAGUAUUGGCAGUACCUCAUACGUUUCAACUUUCUUCAUUAGAAGGGAAACCAACGAAUAUGUUAUCUACAUUAUCGUUCUAUGAAACCGUAACGUCAUCAGCAAAUCCAAAUCCAACAACUUCCACAGUGUCUAUUAGUACGAUUCCAUAUACCACAAUAGAUUUUACUACAAAUUCAACAGAAUUUAUGAGUACGUCAGAAUCUGUUACGAGUAUGAUGGAAUCUACUAUAAGUUUUACAGAAGAUACUACAAGUAAAACAGAAUUUACAAUUACUACAACGGAGCCUACUACUAGAUCGACAGAAUCUAUAACAAGUACUAAUGAGUCCACUACAAGUACUUCAGAAUCUACCACAAGUUCCACUGAAUCUAGCAUAAGUACUACAGAAUCUACUACAAGUUCUACAGCAUCCACAAUAAGUACUACAGAAACUACGAUGAAAUCAACAACAGUAUUAACUACUUUGACAUCACCCACCACUACUAAAACUAUGGAAACUGGUAAUCCCUUCUAUUGAUAAAUUUGUAGCUAUAGAUAGGUAGAUAUAGUGUUGAGAAAUAUUUGGCAAUAAAAAAGAAAUAAACUCACUA